AAAAUGGCAAGCGAAAUGGGAAAUAAUAAAGAUUACAAUUUAAGACUUAUCGAUAUGCUCUACAGUCAAGUUCCAGCCUUCACCGAUGUAUUUGACGAAGAAACUUGGUAUAUUUUUGUCAUUUGUUUUGUAGCGGGUACUUUUCUAGUCGCAUUUAUUCUUUCGAGAUUUAUAACUAUAAAACCCAUUGAAUAACAUCAUGCAUAGCGAAUUCAAUUCACAAGAUGUCUUGUAUACUUUUUUGUAUUAUACUUUCUCUAGAUUUUCUAUAAAAUUAGUAUCAUCACAUCAAGUUUUCAUGCAUGUUACAACCAAAUUUUCCAAUCAAGUUUUAUUCUUAUUACAAUGAAAUAAAAUUUUGCG